CCUGGGUUACGGUCAUAGUGUGAGACGCCGAUACGCAUAGUCAUAGCGCGUGUAACCGUUCACCGUCGUAAGUUGGCGCGUAAACCGUCGCGUUCUCCAUUGUUAUGCUCGUGCGUUUUCCGGAAAACGGUUUUCGUCGUCGGUCCCUCGUUUUCCGUAAAUGACUGGUAUACUGUAUAAUACGUGUACCCUGAUCCUCUCGUCCAUCCAUAUUGCGUGACCGUUGGCCAUGUCGUUCUUAAACUUUUGAAUCUUGUGCAGCGGUUAAUUUUUUUUUUUUUGUUAUUGUUCGUGGUCGGUGGUGUUUUCCCAAACGCCUGACCGUGGUGAAACUUUACUGUCAGCAAAGUCCCGUCACACCUCGCGCCAGUCGCAUACAAUAAAUAAUACUAAUAUGGACAGCCGAAAAUCAAUAAUAAUGUAUUAUGGUUUUUUAAUGGUCAAAAAAAUUAGUGGAGCCGUUUGUGGACGUUUUCCAGUUACAAAAAAGGAAUGCACUUUAGGUCGUGAUAUUAAUUGUGAUAUAAGGAUUCUUUUAGAAAAAGUGUCAGCUCUACAUUGUAUCAUAAUAUGUGUUGAUAAUAAAGCAUAUGUUCGUGACAAAAGUGUUGCUGGUUCAACCAAAGUCAAUGGGAAGAAAGUUGGCAGGAGUAAUUUUUUAUUGCAUGAUUCAGAUGAAAUUGAUAUUUGUGGAAGAAAAUUUGUUUGGAAAUAUCCUAAAAAGCCACAUGGAGAAUUAAAUAAUUUAUCAUGCAAAAAGUCCGGGUUAAGAAAUGAUUAUUUAUCACCAAGAGCACCAGAACGUUUUCCAAACCAAGUCAUCACCCCACUGGACAACAACAAAAUGUUUUCAACUUCGGCCUACAGCAACAUCAAAACUCCCUCAAAAACAAUAAUAAGCUUAAAUAAAACACCAAUUAUUGUCACCACAGAAAAUAUGUCUAAAUCUUCAUUUGAUGAAGUGCAGAAUAGCUUUCAGAAUCAAAGUUCAACUACUACUGAUCAAGCAGAAUCCAAAUUUAUGAAAUCAUAUUCAAUGACUCCUGUCCGAAAUAUACCGCUUCUCGGGGAUUAUAAAACCACACAAAGAAAAUCAUGGAUUGUUACUAAUACAUCAGACAAUUCAUCUUCAAUUGGAGCUCAUAACAGAUUAUCUACUGAAAGGUUAAAGAGAGAUUCUACUCCUGACUUUAAUUCUAGUUAUCAUUAUGAAGACGAAGAAGUCGAAUUUGAUUCCCCCGAUCCACCCGAUCUUGUAUUGAAUAGUGAAGAUUCUGUAGAUAUAAAUACUACUGAUUUAGCUGAUAACAUUUUGCCAGAUGAUAACCAAUCAGAUUUAAACGACAAAGAUGAUGACACUUUACAGUUUAAUAAAAAUGAAAUAAAUCAACUAUCAGUUUCUGAACCAGGCACAUCUCGAAGAGAUACAUACUCUGUUGAUAGUAGACCUAUAGUAAUUGAAGAAAAUACUACACCUACCCCAAGACGUUCUAUUCUGAAGUGUUCAAAAACCACUAAACCUAAUCGAUCGAGAUCAAGCUGUCGAAUGGUUCAGUUUGCUCGUUUACCAAAAACAGAUAGUAAGAUUAAAAAUACAAAGACUCGAUUAAAUCCGGGAUUUAAUUUUAUUGUUACUGAUGAUGAAAAUAAUGUGAUUGAUUUGAAUCAAAGUACUACAAAUUCUACGCAGUUCGAUGUUGAAGAAUAUGAUGAUGAUUUGGAUGGUGUACAGCCAUUAGAUAUUAGUGUUUCAUCUCUAAUUAAUUCGCCAAUUUUAGACAAUAGUAUAAUUAAAUCGUCAAAACGAGGUUCAAGAGGUAACAAAGUAAUGAGUCUUGUAAAUUCCAUUGAAAAGCGUCCCAAUGAAACUUCCAAGCAUAGUAUUCGAGCAUCCGAUCUGCUGAGUAUGAAUGGAUCAAAACAUGUAGAAACAUCGCCUAAUGAUGAUUCUCAAAAUAAUGCAAAUCUAUUGCAAGAAUCAGUUUCUUCAACAAGACGAAUUAAUUUGGAAGAUAUUUUUGAGGCCGAAGAUUCUCUUAAAUCUUCUUCUAAUAUUGAAAAUGAAACUAUAGCUCAAGAAAUUAAAGAAAGCCCAGUAAAGAGUGUUGAAAUAGUUUCAAGUCCUAAAACAAAUUCAUUUAAUAUUACAGACACAGAAAAAAUUACAGACAAUGUUUUUACUGAAGAUGUAUCUAAAAAUGAUACAAAUGAUCUUGAAUGCGAGUACACUUUUGCUUUACCAUUAAUUCUUCCUAAAAUCGAUUCUAGUUCUAUUACAGUAAUUGAUAGUGAUUCAGCUUUUGUUGAUAGUGAAAAUGAUUUUAGUCCUACUGAAAUAAUUGAUAAUCAAUUUGAUAAAAAUUCAAAACUUGACAAAUCAUCACACAUUAUAGAAGACUGUUCAACAUCUCCAAAUGAAUUACUAACAAAGACUCAUAAUGUUGAACGUCCUACAUUAGAUCAUGAAUUAAGUAAAACAUCGACACAUGAUAACAAUAUUGAUGAAACACAGAGAGAUAAAUCUGAUCGUUACCAAAAAACUGUAGAUGAAGAAAUAUGUACUGAUGACAUUGAAACAUCGUCUGAAAAAAAUAAAUCAAUAGAAAAAGAACAUACUCAAAAACAGAAUGAUGAUGAUGUAUGUACCAAUGAAGUCCAACCAUCAAAAAAUGAUAUUGUAAGACUUAUCAAUAAAUCUACAGAUUUGAAUUUAGAUCAAAUUGACAAACAAAAUUAUGUUUCAAAGGUCGUUGAACAAACCCUUAAUGGUGAGACUCCAUCAAUAGUAGUUCAAAGUAUGUCUGAAAUGUUCAAUGCGAGUAUUGAUGAACACGAAACUACACAUUCACAACAUAAAGAAAAUCUGGUAGAAACGUAUGUAUUGAUGGGAAAAGAUGAUCUACAAAAUUCAUUGGGGGUAAAAGAAUUUGAAAAGAUUAUUCCGGCCAAAUGUAAUAAGACCUUGUGUGAAAACAGUGUUUUGUCAGCUGAACCUGUGAACAAAAGCCUUAUGGACGCUAUUGAGGUGCAGCUUGACAAGAUGCACAGUCAUAAUGAUACAAGCUCUAGUUGUAAUGAAAAUGAAAUUAUUCUGGUAGAUUCAACAUUAGAUUUAAAUAAACAGAAAACAUUAACAUCAAAUUUGGAUCUUGAAGUAACAGAAAAUCUUACUUUAAAAAUAAAUGAUAAUCUAUCUAACAGUUUCGUAAAUACAUUACCAGUUGUUGGAUCCCCAGAAAUUAUAUCUAAACAAAAAUCCCCAGCAAAAGAUAAUCUUAGUAACAAUUGUUUAACAGAUGUUGACUGUUCGGACGUUACUGAAUUGCCUGCCAGAACAUCAGUUGGUGAAACAAAUUCUAUGCAGAAUAUAAAUGUAAAUAACAAGGACUCAAGUAUAACUAUACCCCCCGACAAUCUUUCUAUAAAGAAUAAAUCUCCAAAACCAAUUAAAAAGAAAUUUAUCAGUUUGGAACAGUUAAGAACUGCUCUUGGCACAAAUAAUUCUAAAGAAUUUAAAAAAUCUGUACGAUCACCAUUAAAUGAAUCUAUUGGACACAAGCAUCAUAAAAUUGAUUCAACUAAAAGGAUUACAGAAUUAUGUUUAUCAUCUAGUGAUGAUGAAAAUGAUACAAAAAAAAAAAAUUUAGAUCAUUCAUUGGAUACAUCUAUUGGUAAACCUCGGUAUGAAUCUACCCCUUGGAAUUGUUCUAAAAGUUCAAAAACACCUUUUAAUUCUACUGCAAGUAUACAGCCAAAUGAAACCACAAGAGAUGAUUCUGCUGAAAAUGAAGAUAGACCCAGAGAUAAAAGUCGUUCUCGUUCAGUUACACCAUUUGGUAGUCAAAAAGAAUGGUCUCAAAUGAUGAAAGAAUUUAACGAAUCUGUUAAAAAAGCUUCCGUUAAUAUUAACAACACAAGUAACCGUAAAAAAAAAUUGUUUGUUACAAAAUCAAAAUUGUCUCAAGUAUCUGCGCAAAUUCCUACAAAAGACUCAAAUAUGGAGAACAACACAUCAGAAAUUAAAAAUAAUAAUUCUACACAGGGGUCAAUGAAGUCAUCAAGUAUGUCUAAUAAUACUUCAUAUGAAUCUGGUCAUGUUAAAAGAUCUUUGAGAAACAAAUCGGCUUCUGUUAAAAUUGUUAGAAGAUCUAGUAGAUCUAAUAAAUCUCAAAUCAGUCACACUGACAAUUAUUGUUCAGAUGAAACUAGCAACAGUAAUGAAAUAUUGCCAAGAAAAAAAAAAUCCAUUAAUAAAAAAACUACUGAUAAAAGAAUCAAUGAAACUGUUCAAUCAAACACUAACCGUCCAAUGAGAAGUAAAACAAUAAUUCCAGUCUUAAAAACUGAUUCAAAAAUAAAUUUUGUUCCAUGUUCUGAAAGUGAGAAUAACUCUACUACUGCAUACUCGUUAAAAGAAGAAACAUAUAGCCGAACUAAAAAACUAACAAAGAAAAAUAGUCUGAAUUCACCAUCAACGAGUGUGAAUAAAAAUGAGUCAAAUAAUAUUAUAAAAGAACAAGAUAAAGUACAAUUAAAAGUCACUAAAGACUCACUAUCAAGUAUUGAUAAUGAAAGGUCUUGUUCUACAAGUUCUACAAAUGAAGUACAAACAUUUGAAAGAGAAUUGCGUAGAAGAAAACGUAUCAAUACUUCCUCUAUUAAAACCAGGACAAAUACAUUAAAUACUGAUAAUGUAAAAACAACAGAAAAAUCAAAACAAAAAAAUACCUCAUCUACUAAGAGAUAUAGUACUAACACCAAUAAUAAUGCACUAUCUGAAUCAGGUAUAAUAAAGUUAGAUAAAAAAAAUAAAAAUGUUAAAUCAAAAUCUACCAAAAUUUCAAAAACUGUAAAAACAAAGAAACCCACUAACUUAAGAACAAAUAUGAAUUCUCGGUCAAAACGUCUCUUACCUUCUAAACCAAUUAAAACAAGUGCAAAAGAUUCUUCAGAAUAUGAAUCGUCAAGUGAAACUGAAGAGGGUACUCAAAAACAACAAUCAGUUGAUCAUCCAUCUAAAUCAAUCAAAGAAAAAACUCGGAAGAAAAAUGUUGAUGUUGAUAUUAAUUUAUCCUCAUUAACAACUAGACGUAGUCAAAGAGAAAAAUCAAAAAUGUCUGAUGUUUCAUUGCAAUCAGGAACACAAAUUCGCACACGUGCAGCCAAUACGUCACCUUUACCUCCAAACAGUAAAGACAAAAAAAAGAAUAUUUUACCCAAAGUAGUAGCAAACCUGGUUUCUCAAACUUCAAAUUCUCCAAAGAAGGCUAGUAAUAUUGUAACUAAACAAAAUUCAGCAGUUAGUAAUUUAGUUCCUGAUGAUUCUUUACCUGGAACUACAAAGAAAUCUGCGGGUUUAAAAUCAAAAAAGAAUUCUCAGCUUAAUCGUCUCUUAUCUUAUAAACCAAUUAAAGCAAAUAUAAAAGAUUCUUUAGAGCAUGAAUUGAUAACUGAAACCGAAGAAAGUACUCAAAAACCUCAGUCAAUUCAUUGUCCACCUAAAUCUACCAAAGAAAAAACUAAGAAAAAGGAUGUUAGUAUUGAUAAUAAUUUAUCCUCAUUAUCAACUAAACGUAACCUAAGAGAAAAAAGUAAAACUUCAGAUGUUUCAUUGCUGCCACCAAAGACACAAAGUCGCAAACGUGCAGCUGAUACAUCACCUUUAUCUCAGCCCAACGCUAAAGGCAAAAAAUGUGAUAUUUCAUCCAAAGUUGCAAACACAGUUUCUCGUGCUUCAAACUCUCCAAAUAUACGUACCCGAAAUAUGUCCAAAUUAACUGUUAAACAAGUUUCUGAUAAUUCUUUUCCUGAAACUACAAUAGUCAUUAAAAAAGAAAGAAAAAAAUCUACUGAAAAAGUAAAACCAAAAUCAAAUGAAAAUAUACAAACCAAAAAACGUCGACUGAAUUCUGAUAAUUGUUCUUUUGACUCUGCUCCAUCUACCAGUAAAAAAAGUAGACAAGUAACUUUCAGAGGAACAGAAAGUGAAAAUAAAUCGUCCGAUUCAUCUACAUACACAACAUCCAAAAUUCCGAAUACCGAUGAUUCUACUGAGUCUAAUGCUUCACUCAAAGUGAAAUACAACAAAAAUGCUGAAAAGUCAAUUUUACCUAUACAAAGAAAAACAAGGAAUGCUGAAAAGUCAAUUUCACCCAUACAAAGAAAAACAAGAAAAGCAGCAAAACAAGUCGCUUCAAAGGAUAAAGAGACAUUUAUUUCUCCUCGUGUACUAAGAGUCAGGGACAAGAAAAAGUGAACGAAUGUCCAUGAAUAUUUUUGUCCGUGUAUAUUGUUAAUGUUAAUUUUAAUAUUGUGUUACUAAUUGACUUUUUUCUUAAAGAUAGAUUUUUUUUUAAUAUAUUUACUGUACAAGAUAUUAGGAUUAGAAAUAUCUAUGAAUAUUUUUUUUUUAAUUAUUACUAUUAAUAUAAUUGAGUGCUAAACUUGUUUAAGCAAUUAUUUUAAUUAACUUUCAAUUUAUUGUAGCUAAACUAAUUUUUUCAAUCAUGGUUUAUUAUAUUUCUUUAAAUUUUGUAUUAUUCCGUUGAUUCAUAAAACGGUUGUUUAUGUAAUUAAUUAUAUACUAUGUGUCAACAAAAUGUAUAAAUUUUGAUUUAUUUUGGGUGAUUUGGAAUUUGUUUUUCAAAAAAAUUUAGUUACUACACAAAAUAAAUUCUUGUUAAGUAUACAAUUAAUAGAACUUGUGAUUUACCAAUUA